GUCUAUGGUUUUGCCUAAUGAAUUGAAGUUUUUAAAUUUUAGACAGAAAUAUUAUUUAAAUAAAAAUAAUACAAUCAUCACAGAAAUGGCAUCGUUAGAUAUUAUGACACCGCAUUUGUCUAAAAUUAAAAUACCAGCGCCCCAGCAGCUGAUUUACAAGGAUGAGUGUGUUUAUUCCUUUGACAAUCCGGAAUCUGCGACCGGUUUGUACGUGUCACUGACAUCGUUCCUCGGCUUCGGUCGGAAUUACGUCGAACAGUAUUUUCAAAAGACUGGCAACGCGGUUUUUCUACACAUACACAGAGAGAAGAAACCUAUACCGGAACCGGAGCAAACGGGCGACGGACCAGAGAAGAAGAUCACGCGGCUCGCGAUCGGUGUCGAGGGUGGGUUCGAUCCCGACUGUGGCAAGCCAAAGUUCACAUACACCGACCAUUACAAUGUGGUAGUGUUGCCAGGCUUUCAUACCUUCCCAUGGCCUAAUGACACAUUACCUGAAGUGGUUAAGAAGUCUGUGCAAGGAGUGUUAGACGCAGAAUCGCCAUUCAAAAUAGCUGAACUGGAAGCAUUACAAGGCACUUGGGAUGGAGAGAAACGAGAAGUAUCUGUGCACGCGGUAGAGCUGAAACAACUGGACAACGGCGUGCGCAUCCCGCCGUCGGGCUGGAAGUGCGCGCACUGCGACCUCACGACCAACCUGUGGCUCAACCUCACGGACGGCGCCGUGCUGUGCGGCAGGAAGUUCUUCGACGGCUCCGGGGGGAACGACCACGCUGUGGAACAUUACCGCAACACUGGCUACCCGCUGGCGGUCAAGUUGGGUACCAUCACGGCGGAAGGCAAGGGCGACGUGUACUCGUACGCCGAGGACGACAUGGUGGAGGACCCCUACCUCGCAGACCAUCUCCAGCACUUUGGCAUCAAUGUGAAGCAGUUGGAGAAGACGGACAAGUCAAUGGUGGAGCUGGAGCUGGAGCUGAACCGGCGCACGGGGGAGUGGAACACCCUGCAGGAGUCCGGCACCGAGCUGAGGCCGCUGCACGGGCCCGCCUUGACCGGGAUGAAUAACCUCGGCAACUCCUGCUACAUCAACAGUGUUAUACAGGUUUUGUUCCGAAUGCCGGACUUCGUGCGCCGCUACGUGGAGGGCGCGCCGGAAAUAUUCUCCACCUUCCCCGACGACCCCGCCAACGACUUUGACGUGCAAACGGCCAAACUGGGCGUGGGUUUGGUGUCCGGGCGGUAUUCGUUUCCGUCGAGCGAGGGCGCGCAGCAGGGCGUGUCGGCGCACAUGUACCGGCGAGUGGUCGCGCGCGGACACGCCGAGUUCAGCACCAAGCGGCAGCAGGACGCGCACGAGUUCUAUCUGCAUCUGCUCACUCUCAUUGAGCGCCACAGCCGGCACCGCGCGAACCCGGCGGACUGCCUGAAGUUUGCGGUGGAGGACCGCAUCCAGUGCGGCGAGUCGCGCGGCGUGCGCUACACGCACCGCGCCGAGCACCACCUGCCGCUGCCCGUGCCCGUGGGCGCGGCCACCAACGCGCCGCAGGUGCGCGACUACGAGGCGCGCCGCGCGCACGCCGAGGCCAUCGGACAGCGGCUAGACGCGUCGCAUACGGUCCGGCCGCACAUCCCGUUCCAGGCGUGCCUCGACAGCUUCAUGAAGGAGGACCUCGUCGAGCAGUUCUUCAGCUCGGCGCUCAACAAGAAAGUCACCGCGCACAAAACAACACGUUUGGCCACGUUUCCGGACUACUUGUUGAUUCAGCUAAAGAAAUUCACAAUCAAAGAAGACUGGACCCCUGCCAAGCUCGACGUGGCCGUUGAAAUGCCUUGGGAGGUAGAUUUAAGUUGUCUGCGCGGUCGAGGACUGCAGCCCGACGAGACCCUUCUGCCCGAGGCGACGCCGGAGACUCCACCGCCUGUCUAUAACGAGGCGCUUCUGUCACAACUAUUGGACAUGGGAUUCCCGGUGGAAGCGUGCAAGAAGUCUUUAUACUACACCAACAACUCGGGCAUGGAGGCGGCGUCCAACUGGCUAAUGGAACACAUGGCGGACUGGGAUUUUGCCAACAAAUUCGAGCCCCCAGGCGCGCAGCCAGCAGCAGGCGCGGCGGCGAGUGUGCCAGUGGACGAGGCGAGCGUGGAGCAGAUAGCGGGCAUGGGCUUCACGCGCGCGCAGGCGGAGCGAGCGCUGCGCAGCACGGCGGGUGACGUGGGGCGCGCGCUCGACUGGAUCUUCAGCCACGCCGACCAGCUGGAGGAGCAGCCCGCCGCGCCGACGCAGGACAGGACGCUGGGCUGCAGGGACGGACCCGAAAAGUACAAGCUGGUGGCGUUCAUCUCUCACAUGGGCACGUCCACCAUGGUGGGCCACUACGUGUGCCACAUACUGCACGAAGGCCGGUGGGUCAUAUUCAAUGACAAUAAGGUGGCCCUCUCAGAAAACCCUCCCAAAGACCUCGGCUACCUGUAUCUGUACGAGAGGCUGUGAUGUGGCUCGAUCGGCUGUCUCAGACUGCGCUAGCUGACACUUUAUGUUCCCACUGACCGACGAUAUUAUACAGUCCUGUCUAAAGCGGGCUACAUACCUUCAGUUUUAACUGAAACGGUCACAGUCGAACUGUUGAAAAAAAACAAAAAUCUUCCGCGUGUAGGCAAAACUGAGUAAAAUCUGGUCUUUUGAAGUGAUAACUUCUUAUAGGAGGGUAACGCUUCGUAACGUAACGCGUUACGGGCUUCCCUUUCUCUCAUGCUGCCGUCACCGUCGAUCGUCCCCAAAAUAAGCUGUGCGUUUUUUUAUUAUUGAUCCCUAGAUCCCUAGAUUGAUAGAUCCCUAUUAGAUAAAACUUAUACAGUUAAAACUGAAUGUCUGUAGCCCACGAAUACGAAAGUAUAGAACUUCAAACAAACUUUGCCUCGCCUCGCUUAACUUCCAAUUGUUGUUUUUUGCCCGAGUCAAAGGUCUCGUAAUGCCAGCCACAAACGGUCAAUCAUUCUCACGUUUCUGUAGCACCCACGACUAUAAUUGAUCGUGUGUUGGUCACUGCGUACAUGACUUGUAUGGUAUGCCGCGUGGAUACUGCCGUUUGCUUUUCAGAAACGUGAGAAUAAUUGACCGUCAAUGGUGACAUUUAGGGUUUAUUAACACGAGCGACAACUCUACCGACGACCGCAGUCGGCAACGUCUCGGCGGCAGUCGACGGUGGUCGCCGACUGCAGUCAACGACGUCUCGGCGGCAGUCGAUUGCAGUCGUCGGUAGCAGCUGCCACUCAUGUAAAUGAACAAGCGAUUUGAGGUUCGAAGUCGAACACUCCCACUCGGCUAACUUCGAGACUGCGUUGAAUCGAGUAGUUUAUUCGAGACUUUAGGGUCAUAACUCAUUGGACACACUCAACGCCCGAUCCGAACCGCCUCGCGAGUGAUUAGUAUUCGUUAGAUAGAGUAGAACUAAGUCUGAAUGCUUUGAAGCAGUCAGACAGUCUACAGUUAGAGGCCAUCUAUACUCAGAGGCACAAUUAUCCGCCCACUUUAAUAUACUCGCGUCAUAUUAAAGAGUACCCCUCUCAUUCUGAGAGGAGACUCGAGCUCAGCAGUGAGCCGAAUAUGGGUUGAUGACGAUAUUAAAGAGGGCGGAUAAUUGUGCAUCUGAGUAUAUAUAUAGAGCAAGCGACAUAUAUGCUCAAAAGCCCUGCGAAGGCUAAAGCCUAGUCCCGAAUACCUCGGUAAAGUACUGGGAAUCCUCUAAGGUAAAUGGUUGUACAACUUCUUAAUAAAACCACUAAAAAAUUUGAAAAUUAUCACAAUACUUCUUUCAUAUUGCUUUAAUAUAAGAAAUUAAAAAAUAUAAUAAAGUACAACAUUUCAUGUAUUUUUUUACGAAUGCUAAGAGAUUUGCCACAAAUGAUUCGUGAUGAUUCGUUCAUCAAAAUUACUUGGAAGUAUUUUGCAUUGAUAUUUCAGAUCGAAAUAUUUAAUUUGAGAUUUCAUGAGUAGAAGUCAAGAUUUUAUUCAAUUUGUAUAAUAGAAAUUUAUUCACUUUCAUUGUUUAAUUCAAUAUUCCGACACUCGAAUCAAAAAACUAUUUAUUACAUCGUGUGUAGUAUGUCACAACAAUCAAUUUUAUUGUAGCCCUUGGGCUACACUAUAAAAUUGGUACCAAAAUGUAACUGUUGAGUUAGCGGUAUAGCUUAAAUUUUGGUUGUUAAUCGCUUAUAUAUCGAGAGUUAUGUCGUGUUGCGUAUUUUAGUGACGAUCAAACUACUCAUCUAUUCGCUAAUGUGACUUUCAUUUUAGAAUUUAAACUAUCGUGAGUGAUAUUCAUAAUAAUUGAUUAUGAAACACGGUUAAAACUCACGUGAUAUAAGGUCUGAGUAUGUCUGACUAUAUACUACUACUAGUAGUUCCUGAGAUUAGCGCGUUCAAUCAAACAAACAAACAAACUCUUCAGCUUUAUAAUAUUAGUAUAGAUAUACUAUAUGCCGUCUUUCAUAAUCAAUUAAUAUGACGUUCAUGACACGCGGUAUUCAACCGUGGACCACUGUACUAUGAAUAGAUACCUCGCGUCGAGGUGGUCCUAUCGAAUGAGUCCAAUGAGCAUUGACCCUUAUAGCUUGGCAAAUUCGUUCCGAUGGUCCGUGCGGAACGGGGGGCGUGUAGCGAUGAAUGAAAAAGCCGCGACUGAUGCACUUCACUUUCCCGCACGCACGAUUUCACACCCGCGCCCGUAUUUCAUUCCCCCUGUCGCCCGCAUAUCAUAGAAGUGCCAUCAAUGAACUUACCAAGCUAUAGGUGUCGUGGCUUUGCUACAUAUGCAAAUUAAAAGUCUCCGCCAUGCUUAGAUUGUAAAAAAAUACGUAGGAAACAGUGGGAACUUUUUUAACGUAUGCUGAGUAUUUAGUGUAAGUUAUCAAGGCUUUAAUUUGGCCCAACAACGGCAAAUGAAGUUUUUAAUUUAGAAAGCGGCCUACGAUUUUGCUUAAAAAUUUUCACACAGAACAUUUAAUUUUUCAUCGAUUUUCUAUUAUUUAUUUCCAAACAAUUGGAAUAGUGCAAUAUAGAAAAAUAUAGCAUUACGUAUUUCGAAAAAUAGAAGAAAACACUGAACGAACACAGUUUUGUAUGCCAAGCAAUAAUUAUAUUAUUAUCCCAUUUCUAAAUGAGUUUUUAUUUUAUUUUUUAGUAAAAUUUCUAUGAAAAGUUGCAAUCUUAACAAAAAAAUUGUGUGUAAAUCACAAAAAAUUUUUUGUUAACGCGACGGUAGUAAAGCUUCUGUAGCUCUCCCUCUCAACGUCGUCCGUUCGUCUCGCCUGAUUACAAUUUCCGUAACGCAGGCACCAGCUUACCAAAAACACUAAAUACGUAGGUAGCAAUAAUACGAAGUGAUGUAACAGCCAAUAAUUUAGAUGAAACGGAAUUUAGAUGAGCUGGAUGAAUUUAUUUUAUUAGCUUGAAAACUUACACUAGAUCACCAUAAUAACAUCGAGCUUUAUAACAAGAAGGGCUGAAAAGUCAAAAUUCAAAAGUGACUCUUUAUUUUGUAGCCCUUUAAAGUCCAAAAUGGCUAUAUCAUUCACUUUUUUAAGAUCCGUUAUUAUUAAGUUAGGGCAGCUAUAGAUAAUCUAGCAGGACAAAAAUUUACGAUAAUAAUUCGAUAAAGACUGUCCUCCACAGGCCUUGACAAUUAGUUAUUAUUUACUCAUACAUAAUAUCUAUAUUGAUUUUUAUGAUAAUUUCAAGAAAAUUAAGUCAAUGUUAAAAUAAUAAUUAGGUAAUGGAUAUUUAACAACAAAGAUUAUCAAGAGGAGAUUAUUUGUUUGUAAAAAAAAUAAAUUUUAAAAACAAUAAAAAUCUGUUUCAUCCAUUGACCCCUUAAUAAAAGGACGCACAAUCAUGUAGAAAAUUUUAUUAAAGAACUGGCCAAUUUUGCUUUGACAGUUUUAGAAUUAUUGGUAAAGAAAAUUAUACCUAAAGUCCUUUAGAUAUAGUCCAAUAUUCAAUAAAAUCCCAAAUUCAGACCAAAAUCAACCGUAUGGAUUGAGUUUAAGGUUGAAUUUGCAAAUGCGACUACUUGAAUUGAGUGCCAAGAAGUUGUGUUUGGCACUCAUUGAGUGGAGACGAUUUUUGGUCGCUGAUCGCAUCCACUUUUAUUAGGAGAUUGAUGGUUUCAUCAUUAAAAAAUCAUCCUACUGUCAACCCUAUUGUAUGAAUACAAAGAAAUUAGAAGUAUUUUAUAUGUGAAUUUAAUUGUUAAAUGCCAUCUAAAUACAACUUACUCUUAUAAAUGUAAUUUCAUCACAUACCUGCUCCCAUGAUGCCGUUUUUGAAGCGCUUGUUGGGUAUCUAUUACAAACGUAUACAUCAAUGACUUUAGUUCUCAAACGUGUAUUUAAGAAAUUCACUGUGAUAAAAAAGAAAAAUGGGCAAUCGUCAUGGCGAAUUAAAUAAUACAUGGUGUAAUUUGUUUAAAAUGUUAUUGAUCUAAGUGGAAGACCUAAUUUUGGUUUUUAAUGUAUCGUUACUGUCUUGUCCCCUUUUUUGCAACUGAGACAUAAUUGGUGACCAGGAAAAAUUAACAUAAAAUGGACUCUCUGUCAAAUUAAUCUGUUUACUGCUUAGAUAUUGAGAACCCGUACUGCUUAGAUAUUGAGAAUUUACGGUUAUUUUCAUUAAUAAAAUAAUAUUAAUAAACAACGAAAAUAAUGAACUAGUAUGUGUCAA